AUGGUCUAUUCUGUGACUGUCUGGUGUUUUUGCUUUUCUCUUUUGGUUACGUCGUCAGCACAACGUGACGCAAAAGGAAGCAGUGGCCGUCACAUUCAGAAGCGUGACGUGCAAAGUGCGUCUGUUGUUGGAAGUGCUCGCCUCACGUCCAAUCUGCAGGUAACUCCCUGCUUGACAAGCGACAGUGCAAAGCCACGCAACUGUCGUCAUGCCCUACAGCUGGGUCACAGCGUGAGUGGCAUCUACGAGAUUGAUCCACGUGACGGUUUGGGCUCAUUCGACGUGUACUGCGACAUGGAGACGGACGGCGGAGGAUGGACGGUAUUUCAACGCAGAAAAGAUGGAUCCGAAAAUUUUUAUCGCAACUGGAACGACUACGUGCAGGGAUUCGGACAUCUAUAUGGUGAAUUCUGGCUUGGACUAGACAAAAUCCACCGUCUGGCAACUAGUGUUGAUCUGAGGAUUGAUCUGAUGGCAUCUGACGGUGAAAAAGCUUACGCUCAGUAUGAGUACUUUACAAUAGGAGAUAGUAGGUCAUCCUAUGCACUGUAUUUUGGACAGUACAGUGGAAAUGCUGGAGACUCUCUUACAUAUCACAGAGGAAUGAAGUUUACCACAUCUGACAAAGACAAUGACUUACGAGGUGACAACUGUGCAGCUUCUAAUAAAGGCCCCUGGUGGUACAAGGCAUGUUCCACUUCUAAUCUCAACAGUCUAUACAAAUUUGGUGGCACAGGAUGGACACACGUAGUCUGGAACAGUUUCAAGAAAACCGCAUCUCUACAAAGGUCUUUGCAAAUAGCGAUUCCUCUAGAAUCAGCCAAUUCGCUAGUACUAAAUGAUGCGAGAGGGAGCGGCAGCAGUCACCUCCAGAAACGUGACGUGCAGAAUGAGUCUGUAGCUGAAGUCUCUUACGUCACGCCGUCAACUCUCCAGCUUUCUUGUCCGCUUACUGACAACGCAAAGCCACGCAACUGUCUUCAUGCCCUACAGCUGGGUCACAGCGUGAGUGGCAUCCACGGGAUUGAUCCACGUGACGGUUUGGGUUCAUUCGACGUGUACUGCAACAUGGAGACGGAAGGCGGAGGAUGGACGGGAUUCGGAAAGCUUUAUGGUGAAUUUUGGGUUGGACUAGACAAAAUCCACCGUCUGGCGACUAGUGUCGAUCUAAGGAUUGAUCUGAUCGCAUUUUAUGGCGAAAAAGCUUACGCCCAGUAUGAGUACUUUAAAAUAGGAGAUAAGGAAAGAAGGUCACCACAACUGCAUGAUAAAGACAAUGAUGACUUGGACGAUCGUAAAUUGGGCAAUAAUAACUGUGCAGUUGAUCGCGACGGCGCUUGGUGGUACAAGUACUGUUCAAAUUCUAAUCUCAACGCACAACGUGACGCAAAAGGGAGCAGUGGCCGUCACAUUCAGAAGCGUGACGUGCAAAGUGCGUCUGUUGCUGGAAGUGCUCGUCUCACGUCCAAUCUGCAGGUGACUCCCUGCUUGACCGGCGACAACGCAAAGCCACGCAACUGUCGUCAUGCCCUACAGCUGGGUCACAGCGUGAGUGGCAUCUACGAGAUUGAUCCACGUGACGGUUUGGGCUCAUUCGACGUGUACUGCGACAUGGAGACGGACGGCGGAGGAUGGACGGUAUUUCAACGCAGAAAAGAUGGAUCAGAAAAUUUUUAUCGCAACUGGAACGACUACGUGCAGGGAUUCGGAAAGCUUUAUGGUGAAUUCUGGCUUGGACUAAGCAAAAUCCACCGUCUGGCAACUAGUGAGGAUUGAUCUGAUGGCAUUUGAUGGUGAAAAAGCUACGCUCAGUAUGAGUACUUUACAAUAGGAGAUAGUAGGUCAUCCUACGCGCUGUAUUUUGGACAGUACAGUGGAAAUGCUGGAGACUCUCUCACAUAUCACAGAGGCAUGAAGUUUACCACAUCUGACAAAGACAAUGACUUGCACGGUAGUAACUGUGCUGCUCGUCAUAAAGGCCCUUGGUGGUACAAGUCAUGCUCCUAUUCUAAUCUCAACAGUAUAUACAAAUUUGGUGGCACAGGAUGGGCACACGUAGUCUGGCACAGUUUCAAGACAACUGCUUCUCUACAAAGAGUAGAAAUGAAACUAAAGUGAAAGAAGUUGUUGUCUUGACCAGCAGUACUGUACGUACUCAUGAUCACUUUUGUGUCAGUCUUUGCAAAUGUAUUGCAUGUCUAAGCUGAAUGACACAGUGUUUGUGUGCAACAAGUAAAUGUUACCCUCUCACUCCCACAUAAAGUCUCACUCCACAAUGCUGUUAGAGACUCAUCACAGUAC